GCCAAGCUGGCCUCCCCGGUCUCACACCUGGACCAAGAUCCGCAAUCCGAGCCACACCAACAGCACAUCCACGAAGAGCAGUAUGUGAGCGAGGGUGAGUCCAGACUUCUUGACCCACAACCGGUGCCGCCCGACUGCAGGGACGCUGAGACUAUUACAGAUGUGUGCAACAGUACUGAUCUGCCAGAGUUUGAGAUCAUCAGUCUCCUGGAGGAGCAGCUGCCUGUGUACCGCUUACGGGCAGACACAGUCUAUGGCUACGACCGUGAUGACUGGCUGCACACACCGCUCGUCGCGCCGGAUGUCAGGUUCGACUUGACCACCGAGCAGAUAGAAGAGACGCUCAAAUAUUUCUUGCUAUGUGCGGACAGAGUGGGCCAGAUGACAAAGACUUACAAUGACAUCGAUGCAGUCACACGUCUGUUGGAAGAGAAAGAGAAAGAUUUGGAAUUAGCCGCACGGAUCGGUCAGUCACUGCUGAAGAAGAACCGAACUCUGACCGAGCAGAAUGACUAUCUGGAGGAACAAGUGGUCCAAAUCACAGAGGAGGUGGCUCAGUUUCACCACGAGCUGAACCUGAAAGAUGAGCUGCUGCAGUUUUACACCAAUGCAGCUGAGGAGAGCGAGGAUGAGUCUGCGAGCUCCCCAACGGGUAAAAAGAGUAAAUUGGAAACAGCCUGUGGAGGAUUUGUGAGUGACACACUCCAGCGGAAGCUCAAAGAGUUGGAAGAGGAGAAUUUGUCACUCCGCUCGGAGGCCAAUCAUCUGAAGUGUGAGACGGAAACCUAUGAGGAAAAGGAGCAGCAGCUCGUCAGUGACUGUGUGAAUGAGCUCAGGUUGUCCAGCCUCCAAAUUUCUGCCAUUGCAGAAGAACUGGCUCGUAAGACCGAGGAUGCCUCCCGACAACAAGAGGAGAUCACACACCUCCUUUCACAGAUAGUGGAUCUGCAGAAAAAAGCCAAAUCUUAUGCAGUGGAGAAUGAGGAGCUGUCUCAGCACCUAAUGGCAGCUAAAGACGCACAAAGACAGCUAACAGCAGAGCUGCAGGAGUUGGAAGAGAAGUACAGCGAGUGUAUCGAGAUGCUGCAUGAAGCCCAGGAGGAGCUGAAAAACCUGAGAAACAAAAACUACCCUGCAGGAACCCCUCGACGCUGUCACCCCCUGGGACUGUACCCCAUGGAUUCUCUUGCAGCUGAGAUCGAGGGAUCAAUGAGGAAAGAGUUGAGUCUGGAUGACGGAGAGUGUGAGGAGCAGAAGAUUCAUCAUAAGCGCGUGUUUGAGACGGUCAAGAACAUCAACCAGAUGGCCCGUCAACGUUCACUGACCCCCUGCAACACCAACAUCCCAGGCUCCAACCAGUCCCUGUCGGCUCGUACGUCUCCUCAGUCCAGUGGACUUUCCACACCCCGUUCCAGCCUGUACGAAGGCGACAUAGGCGGAGACGGUGUCGCCCUUGACAACCGGACACAGAGCAUCCUCAUGGAGGUGGCGUCCAACCAUGACAGCAGUGCGGAAGGCCGCGAGAAGAAGACAAGCGGAGCUGAAGACCUGCGGCUGGCCUUGCGCCGCCUGUCUCUGCGCCGGCAAAAUAACCUGAGCGAGAGACGGUUCUUUGAGGAGGAGAGGGAGAGGAGACGUGGAAGACAUGAAGAAGCCCAGGACAGUCAUCGGAGUACUCUGACCCCCUCAGAAAGCAUCAUGUCCCUGGGAAACCUGCACCUGUGGGCUUCUCGAGGACCCUACCUCCCUGACAAACUCCAGAUUGUCAAACCACUUGAAGGAUCCGCCACCCUGCAACACUGGCAGCAGUUAGCUCAGCCACACCUCGGUGUUAUUCUAGAUGCAAGGCCCGGAGUCGUGUCAAAGGGCUACAGACCGCUAGAACUGGAGCUGGAGCAGGUGUACCCAUGGGGAGGCUUUGAGGAGGAUGAACCAGGCGAGCAGUACUUCCAAAACCUGCCCACCUCCUCAAGUACCGCAUCGCCGGCUGUGCCACCCACCACCUGCACUGCCAACACCAGUGGGCAGCCUCUUCUCAGCCUCGCGCCACCCUCACCACCUUCCCCAACGCCAUCACCGCAUCUCAGUAACACUGACGCACUGGCUGCGUACUACCCAGGAAAAUGUAUGGCCCAUACAAGUUCUACCUACACCUUCACCACCUGCCGGAUCCUCCAUCCAACUGACGAGCAGACACGCGUCACGCCCAGUCUGAACACGGGCCCGGCUUCAUCGUCAUGUGUGAUGAGCAGCACGCUGUCGGUUACUCCUGCUACAACGCCCUGCACCCCCCGCAGGCUCAGUCUCAGGCCCUCUGAAUCAUCAACCAACCUCAGAGAUGCAACACGCACCACCAGCACCUCCCUGGGGUUAGUGCGCCUCCUCCAGGAAAGAGGUAUCUCAGCAGUGAUGUAUCACCAGAGUCAGGGUUUGGAACACGGUCAGGGCAGCGGAGGAGUCUUGUUCAGCACCUCCAUCACGCCCAACAGAGACCCUAACCCUGACACCCAGCGCCCCUCCACCCCACCCAACUCCCCAACAGGUGAGGUAGGUUCAACCGCACCACCAGGAGGAAGCGUGGACACCCCAGUGGGGUUUGAGUUCAAGAGCCCUUCAUAUGACAACUUCCUAGCAUCCAAGCCAGCCCGUUCCAUCCUGAAGGAGGUGACGGGGAGGAUGAGGAGCAGGCAGAAAGCAAGGGACUGUGAAAGCCAGACGGACGUUAGCGUGACCAUCCACAACCUCAACCUGGUGGACAAAGUGAAGAGGCUGGGAGUGGGCGGAGCUUCAGGGGGAAGAGCUUUGAGUCCUGGACCCAUCCUGGGGCCUCUUGGUGGACUGCGAAGGUCUGGCUCACCUUUUGGACCUGAUGGAAUGAGGAGGAAUAGAAGUUACCCAGCUGUGGUUGGAGCCAGCAUGGCUAUGAAAGCUCCAGGGCCUCAGGAGUAGUUUGACCAUCUGACAAUUUCGAUGUCCAAUCAGGCAAGGAGGCACGGCGGGCGGAGAACAGGCUCCUGAGGAGCCAGCCGGAACUGAAACACUGACUUACACAGUUAUUACUGCAACAACAUGUCACUACUGAACAGUCGCUGCUGUGGUUCUG